CCGGCCCAGUUUAUUUGUGAACUUUGCUCGUCGCUGUUGUUGUAUUAGUCGAUAAGGCAAUAGUUAGAUCAAUAAUUAUUUUAAAUGUAUUGAGCAAACUACAAAUCUAUUUAUAAAUAGGGUACAAUAUUUAAGCAUAAUGGCAGAAUUUUUGAAGGGUUUAUUGUUAUCGGUUUUAUCAGAAAAGUGUUACGAAGAGUAUUUCGUGAAAUUCAACUUUCUUGAUGGGCCUUGCUUGACCGCGACGCUAAGCAAGGGUUUAGGAAUCGGUAUCAUCGCCGGCUCCAUCCUAGUGAAAGUACCUCAGAUAUUGAAGAUCCUGAACAGCAAGAGUGCCGAGGGGAUCAAUAUUUAUGGAGUCUAUUUAGAGUUAUUUGCAAUCACAGCAAACUUUGCAUACAGCUAUGUUAUGGGAUUUCCAUUUAGUGCAUGGGGAGAAGGAACAUUCCUCGCAAUACAAACAGCAGCCAUAGCUGCUCUCGUACUGCACUAUGGAGGUGGAACAGGGAAAGCCGGUAUAUUCAUAGCAGCGUAUGCAGGCAUUGUUUCUGCAUUAGUCGGUGGAGUCACACCUACUAAAGUACUUUGGACCAUGCAAGCAGUUAAUGUGCCUAUCAUUGUUGUAGCUAAGUCAAUUCAAGUAUUCACAAACUACAAGAACAGCAGUACUGGCCAGCUAUCAGCAAUAACAUGUUUGUUGCUGUUUGGAGGCAGUAUAGCCAGAAUAUUCACAUCACUUGUUGAAACUGGAGACUUCAUUAUUAUCGUGACCUACUGCGUGUCUACCGUGGCCAACGGUGCAAUUGUAGCUCAACUACUUUGGUACUGGAAUGUCGAAAAAGGAACCCAAAAUAAGAAUAAGAACAAGAAAAAAAAGAAACAAGCAUAAUUUAUUACAUAAUGUUAUUAAAACAUUUUUACCUCAUAA